GUUGAACUGCGUUUUCUGUACUACUGCUGUGCAGGAACAGCAAAAGAAUGCUCGCCGCGCAAUUCGCCCGAACUCCAGGCCGCCGAGUCAUGACAAAGCUCUCCUCGCAAAAUCCUAUUCUUCGCCCUGCAUCCUUCCUCAUCAAUCAACAUAACAGCACUCGAAAACGUGCCAUGUCCUCCCAGCCUUCAGCAACUCGCACGCGCGCCCUGGUAGACUGGGCAAGCGCCUUGCAGUUCACCGACCUACCACCCGCCGUCAUUGCCCGCACAAAAGACUUUUUCGUGGAUACUUUAGCCUGCGCCGUCGCAGGUCGCGAGCACAUCGCCGUAAAAUCCAUGCUCGAGUACUCCAAGAUAAUGGGCCCAGCCGAUGGAAAGUGCGAGCUUAUCGGCUUUCCGGAUGUCAAGACAACCCCGGCCUUUGCGGCGCUGGUGAACGGGGGCGCGGCGCACGUUGUUGAGCAGGAUGAUUUACAUAAUAGUAGUAUGAUGCACCCGGCGACGAUCAUCUAUCCCACCGCACUAGCCGUAGCGCAGGAUGUCGGCGCCACUGGUAGGGACUUCAUCACUGCCUGUGUGGUGGGAUACGAAUUCGCCUGUCGGGCAGGUGAGUACCUCGGCAAAGCCCACUACGAGAAAUUCCACACAACAGCGACAACAGGCGUGCUGGGCGCCGCUGCAACAACCGCCUACCUCCUCCGUCUGGACAGCGAUCAAUUUCUCUCCUCCAUCGGCACCGCUGGAACCCAAGCAGCCGGGCUCUGGCAGUUCCUCCUUGAUGCAACGCAUUCAAAACAAGUACAUACCGCGCAAGCCUGUGCGGCCGGUGUAUUCUCCGCCUACACUUCCGCGUCCGGACUUCUAGGGACAUCCGAUAUCCUCGAGGGCGAAAGAGGAAUGGGCGCUACACUGGGGAAUCUAACCACCACCCCUGAAGCAAUCGACAGGGAUCUCGGACGGAAAUGGUCUGUGUUAGAGAGCAGCUUCAAAUGGCACGCUUCUUGUCGCCACACACAUCCGAGCGCCGAUGCACUGAUUGCGCUCAUGCACGACGAGAACGUCAAAUAUACCGAUAUCGAAUCCGUCACAGCAUACACGUAUAAAGCGGCGCUGGACGUGCUUGGACUUAGCGGGGAGGGAAAGACGGUGCACCAGAGUAAAUUCAGUAUGGGUUUCGUGUUGGCAGUCGCGGCGAAGAAAGGCACGGCGGGAUUGACUGAUUUUACGGAGGAGGCGCUGAAAGAUCCUGAACUUCGGGAGCUGCAGGGCCGGGUGAAAAUGGUACUUGACGAGGAGAUCGACGCUGCGUUUCCGGAGAAAUGGCUGGGGCGUGUUGUGGUGCAGACGAAGGACGGGAGGACGUUGAGUAGGACAGUGGACGUUGUGAAGGGGGAUCCCGGGUGGACGUUGACAAGGGAGGAGAUCGAGUCAAAGGCUUUGGCGCUGGCGGAGUAUGGACGUGUGAAGGAUCUGAAUGCGUUCAAGGAUGCGAUUCAGAGAAUAUGGAGACUCGAGGAGCAGGAUAAGAUAAACCGAUUCUCCUUUUCGUGA